AUGAUUAAAGAUAAUGAUAAUAGUAAGGUGGCCCUUAUAACAGGUACCUCUUCUAAUCUUGGUAUCAAUAUAGCGUACCGUUUAUUGGAACAAUUGCCAUCUUCCACUAAUGUUACGUUAAUUGUCACUUCACGUACAUUACCUAAGGUUAAAGAAGUCAUAACAAAUAUUAAUCAAUAUUCCAAAACUAAAUUAAAUAGAACAGGUCAAUUAGAAUUUGACUAUCUUUUGGUUGAUUUCACAGACAUGGUAUCUGUUUUAUCGGCAUAUUACGAUUUGAACAAGAAAUUUAAGAAGAUUGACUAUUUGUUUGUUAAUGCUGCGCAAGGUGUUUAUUCGGGUAUAGAUUGGGUAGCAGCGACUAAGGAAAUUUGCAGAAAUCCAAUGGAAGGGGUCACCAAUCCUACUUAUAAAACUCAAAGAGUUGGGGUUAAAUCAAAUGAUAAUAUGGGGUUAGUUUUCCAAGCAAAUGUUUUCGGUCCUUAUUACUUGAUCCAUAAGAUAAAGCAUUUAUUGCAAAAAGGUGGUCGUAUUAUUUGGAUAUCAUCUUUGAUGUCGAAUCCAAAAUACUUAUCGUUCAAUGAUUUACAAUUGUUGAAAUCUCCAGAGUCAUAUGAAGGUUCGAAAAGAUUGGUCGAUUUAAUGCAUUUUGGAACGUUCAAACAAUUGCAAAGCGAAUACGGAAUAGAGCAAUAUUUGGUUCAACCUGGAAUUUUUACCAGUUUCUCGUUCUUCAAAUUUUUAAAUGUCUUCACUUACUACAGCAUGCUAAUGCUUUUUUAUUUAGCUAGGCUUUUUGGCUCCCCAUCGCAUAAUAUAUCCGGUUUUAUUGCAGCCAAUGCACCAGUUACAUGUGCACUUGGGAAUGAAAGUCAAUCUGUUAAAGUUUGCUCGGUGAGUAAUAGAACAGGUAAAGAGUAUUUAAGUUAUCAAGAGGUGGACACCACAGGAUCAGCCGAUAUUUCUGCGUAUCUAGAAAAGCUUUGUCAUGAGUGGGACUUGACUUUGAAGGAUCAGAUCGUUAACACUCGUCAACCGUAG